AUGGAAUCGGACGAUCUGCAAGGUACAUGGAGCGGUGUGAUCGAGGAGAAAGAGAGGGAUGGCAUCCUGAACGCCAUGGGGUCGCCGUGUGGGCAGGGAGCUUGCUCUGUCAUCUACACCCUCGACGCUCUCCCCGGCGAGGUACUAAAGGAGAUUCGCACUGAUAUGCUUCCGAGUCAUGUCCUAGAGGGCAUGGAAGCGGCACUCUGCACACUGUCCCGUCUGAAACACCCCAACCUUCCUGAGUGCAAGAGGGCAUUCAGGGUCUCCGACUACCUUUAUCUUCAGGUGACACGCUAUCACGGGUCUCUGGAGUCGCUCAUGAGACUCUACAGACGCAGGAAGCAGUCCAUGCCUCGCAGACUGAUCCUGGAGGUGGUUCAUCAGAUUUCCUCUGCGCUUGCAUACCUUCAUGAUCCAGACAAGACCGAUCCAACUGGUGCUUACUUGCCGAUGCUUGUCCACGGAGGCAUCAAGCCUGCAAACAUUCUGGUCGAUCGAGCCGAAACGCACUUUGUCCUUGCAGAUACGUGUGUCUCAACAGAGGCGUUUCGCAGGCACUUAUCUAUGUAUGCGCCACCAGAGGUCCUACUGGGGGAAGAGCCCACUCCAGCUUCCGAUCUCUGGAGCCUUGGAGCGGUGCUUUACGAGAUGAGCACAGGCAGCAAGCCCGUUGCUCCAGACGGUAGACGGGUCAAUGAACUCCUUGAGAAGGGGUUGACACCAGACCUCUCGGGGGUCAAGGACGUGGUUAUCCGCGGAAUCCUCGAGCAUAUUCUUGUGCUCGAUCCAAGGGAGCGGAUCUCCGCCCGGGAACUCGCAUGCAUCGUUGAUCUGGAUGCCAAAGAGCUUGCGCUAGUGAGCCUUCUAGAAACCAGGUCUUUGAAGAAGGAGGUGCGCGUGUUCCAGGAGCAGCUCGCCGUCAUGCAGCGCUCGACUGCCUCAAAAACUGCUUCUCGCCCAGUUAUCUCCAGUCUGCUUGGAAUGACCGAACUGAUGCAGGCCUCCGCGAACGGAGACACGAACGCUGUGCGUGCACUGGUCGACGCUGGCUCAGAUCUCCGUGCGAAGGGACCCUCGGGGAUGACUGCCCUCAUGCAUGCCUCCAGCCAUGGCCAUGUGGCAGUGGUGAGGCUCCUUGUGGACCACGAGGCCCAGAUGCAGGACGAUAAGAGCAGGACCGCUCUAAUGCUGGCCGCGCAGAACGGGCGCGUCAAUGUCCUGCGCAUUCUGUUAGAGCACGAGAGUUGCAUGCAGGAUAGUGACGGCUGGACCGCUCUGAUGUACGCGGCUCACUGGGGGCACCUAGAGGCCGCACAGCUGCUUCUGAGACACGAGGCCAAGAUGAAAGAUAGGCGCUGCCAGACCGCUCUCAUGCUCGCAGCCGGCAAUGGGAAUAUCCCCCUUGUGCGUCUCCUUGACCCUCUGGAGGCGGGAUUCCAGGACAAGGCCGGUCAGACUGCCCUUAUGAGGGCUGCAAGCAAAGGACAUGUUGGUGCGGUUCAGCUGCUACUGGAGCACGAGAAGGGGCUGUGUGAUGCUACUGGGAAGACGGCCUUGGGAUGGGCGAGCGAGUUCAACCGCAGCGAUGCUGUCCGCAUCCUUGAACUGUGUCUCCAGGAGAGCACUGCGCCGCCCUAG